GAAACGGUCUCAUUCCUCCCUUGACUAUUGUUGGGUGCUGAGGGGAAUGCGUAAGGUUGUGAAAUCGUGUAAUCUCACCCAGUUACGCAGCUUUUUGUUUUAUUAAUGAGAAUGAGGCAUUCGCAUUUAUUAAACGCCUGUCAUUUUUAAAACCACAAUAGUUGGACGAUUUUUCUACAUGACUUUAGAAGAGGUCACGAUUUGGCACUUGGACGUCGCUAACUAAUGUGUUUUCGCACUUUGAGCCGUUUCACAAUAACAAUCCUAAAGAAAAACAACCCUGAUCGGACCGAAACGCCCAGCGAACUUUGUACUCCCGAAUUGUGACCUUUACCGGAUCGACACCGGCCAUGGAAUACAAAGUAGAAGCCCAUCGGAUUAUGAGUAUUUCCUUGGGGAAAAUCUACAACUCUCGCGUACAACGAGGCGGCAUUAAAUUGCACAAAAACCUCCUGGUUUCCUUGGUCCUUCGCAGCGCGCGCCAGGUUUACCUGAGCGACUACUACAGCGGCGCGUGUCUGAACGCACAGAACGAGGCAAAGGAAUGGGACCUUAUGGACUCAGAGCGGGAGAAAUUCCCGCCCGCAUCGGAGGAAUGUGAGCCGGCAGAGAGACCAGAGGAAACCAGACAAAACGACGAGCCUCAGAUAAACGAAACGGUUGAGGAAAAACACGACAAUGAGGUUAAAUCGGACGUUUUAUCUGAAGAUCGAAACCAAAACUUAUCAUCAAACCCGGAUAACAGCGCUUCAUCUGAAACGUUAUCGGCGGCCGAUAUCAUCAAGCAAAGCCAGACAACUCCCUCAGACAAUACGCAAGGGGAAUCACGCGAACCGCAGAAAACGCACGUUUGUUUAAACAGGAAAAGAAGCGCGGAAGAGUCGAAGUCCGACGACGCGCCUCAGAAACGGACCAAAGUUACUUCCUCAAGCGCGAGCGAGGGCGACGAAGGCGAGAAAAUGGAAACGGGCAACGUGUCCAACCUCAUAACGAUUUUUGGCUCCGGUUUCUCGGGACUUCUCAGCAAGGACGCCGCUAAACCGGAGGCUGAGGCGGACGACAGUGACUCAGGGUCGGGACAAAUAUGUUGUGACCAAAUGCUUAAAAACUUAAACCCGUGGAGUACAGCAAUAGUGGCUUUCUGACUCUAAAAGUAGCCACGCGUGGCGAAGUUACUGUACCUUCUCAUCCGGGUUAGCCUGAAAGCAUUUGUAACACGUGGUGAGGCGUGGGACUUCCCGGCCUGAAGACUUUGGUGGUGCUACAAGCUCAGUUUGGCCCGUGAACGUGUCUGGGCAUGAAGAUCACAUGAAUACUGGUGCUACUUCAUGGGAUUACAGUUUCUGACAUCACUGCAUACGAAUUGAAGUGUUAAGACUCAAAAAGCCAUGCAAGGGAAUUGUGGUGUUACGACAUAUGCAAAAGUGUUAUGCUGACUAGACCAACUGGACUGAUUCAUGGUUGACCACAGCAAACUUUUGAGACUUUUGCCAUUGUCUUUGUUUUAUAAAGACCUGUAUAUUUUGUAAUAUUCAAUGUGUGUACAUAUUGUUUACCAUGUUGCAUUCUGAAUCUAUGUAUUUUGGUAUUUGCCAUCAUGACAAUUUACGUGGUGCUCACGUAUUAAAAUAUUGUGAAAUUA